UUUGCCGAGGGUCAAAACACUUUCCGUGAACACAAGUUCCUCUCUCGUUAGCUUCCCGUCUUCUCCCUUGUCUAAAAGUCUCUUUCUACCGGUAAAAAAAAAAGGUGUCUCUUCAUCUUUUAUUAGAAUAAACUUUUUUUUUUAAAUCAAAUCAUUAUCUGUAUCUUUCCAGCUUGUUCUUUUGUUCUGCUCGUGCGGCUUAUACGAAUUCAAGCGAUCAAGCUUCAGUUUGUACCUCUUCCUGUAGUGAGUAAAACUUUAUGGAUGACAGUCUUGGGAAGAUAAAGGUGAUUCCAGAUCAUUUUCAAGUCUCAACUCCCAGUGCUGACUCUCUUCAAAUCAGAAGUUCACCUGUUUCACAGCCAAGUAUUGAUAAUUCUUCAAGGUCCUGUAGCAGUUUAUGGUCUGGUCGAAAAUUGAGAAGUGCUGCAUUAAUGUUGAAUCUGUUCAGUUUACGUGGAUUGCCAUGGAGUUCUGGUGCUGGUCAGGAAAAGGUUCAGUUGACUGCUGCAGAGUUGGAAUCACUUAGAUCAGAACUUGCGGAUAUAGAAGAGAGAGAAGCUCACUUGAAAGCUCGGUUGGAACAUAUUGAUGAAAUUUUGCGGUCAGCUCGUCUUACCGGCUAUUUGUACAUCCGAACGAGGUGGACUGCUUUACCUGGAGAACCUGCUCCUAUUGAUGAUAACGAUGUUGACGACUGGCUUCCUCGAUUUGUUGUUCUUCAUGGCCAAUGUAUAUUCUUCUAUUUAUUCUCCACAGAUUUGAGCCCUCAGGAUUCAACCCUGCUCUCUGAUAUUGUUGAAGUAGGUUCUCUGCCCAGCUUUACAAGAGAAGAUGAAGGGACGCAAUAUUCCUUUUAUAUUUUAACUCGUCAAGGACUGCGCUAUGAGUGUUCACAUGUUUCUAAAAUACAGGUGGACACCUGGUUAUCAGCGUUGCAGACAGACUGCAAGCUGGACCCAAUUUUCAGAUCUGCUUCUAGAGCUGCCAGGUCUCUCCUUUCAGCUUCCAAGAGCUCUCGCUUUUACUCUGAAGGGCGAGCAGUAGCUGCUGCUGCAGCAGUUUCACUCGGUGGUAAGGUGCCUCUUUUAGCUUCAGCUUAUGGAAGGACUGGUCCCACCAAUGCAUCUAGAGGAUGGCUUUCAGGAGUUUUUGCUCUUCCAGUGGCAGCUUACAUGCUUCAGGAGCAGGAGGCUCAUGCUGCAGAGAUGGAGCGCACCUUCAUUGCUAUCAAGCCUGAUGGAGUACAAAGAGGGCUGAUUUCAGAAAUCAUAUCUCGUUUUGAGCGCAAAGGGUUCAAGCUUGUGGCUAUAAAGAUAUUGGUUCCUUCAAAGGAAUUUGCCCAGCAACAUUAUGAUGACUUGAAGGAAAGACCCUUCUUCAGUGGCCUAUGUGAAUUCCUCAGCUCAGGCCCUGUUGUUGCUAUGGUCUGGGAAGGAGAGGGAGUGAUUAAAUACGGCCGGAAACUCAUUGGAGCAACAGAUCCUCAGAAAUCAGAGCCGGGAACCAUCAGAGGUGAUCUCGCAGUCGUUGUUGGAAGAAAUAUAAUUCACGGCAGUGAUGGUCCUGAGACCGCCAAGAACGAAAUAAACUUGUGGUUCAAGCCACAAGAAUUGGUUAGCUAUACAAGCAACGCAGAGAAGUGGAUCUAUGGAGUCAACUGAUGAGGCAUUCUUUUUCCCGUUAAUCAGUAGUUCAGGAAAAUUUUAGUCCCAAACAUGAAGUCUGUGGUGGAGAGGCAUAACUUUUAGAAUAAAUAUGUGUUUAUGGAGGUGAGCAAACAGCUUUGCUAUGAUAAAACUACUAGUCAAACAUCAAUAAUCUAUUUCACCUCUUUAAUAUAAAGUGGAAAUAUGCAAUUUUCCUAGCUAAUUAUUUUUCCUUCGGCCUAAGAUUCUGAACUCUUUUGCUAAUGCAAUGACUAUUAUAAUGUGUAUU